UUCUCACCCACCUAGUAAAGAGGCUCAUCUCUCUAUAAAAAGCCCUAAAGCUCCUCCUUUUCAACGCUUUUUACACCAGAUCUCUUGGACUGACUCCUUGGAGAUGCGUGCUUGCUGAGGGAGGUCAUUUUUACCAUCUACUCUUUUCUGGAGAGAGAGUUGGAGAAGAAGAGAUUUCAUCAUCAAUGGAGAAUGGUAGUAACGGCGUGGUGACGUUGUUGUUCACGGAAGAGGAGUUGCGUGAGAUAAGUGGGGUCAAGAGAUGCGAUGAUUACGUGGAGGUGAUGUGUGGGUGUACAAGCCACCGAUAUGGUGAUGCUGUUGCUAGACUUAGGAUUUUCUCAUCUGGUGAACUUGAAAUCACCUGUGAAUGUACUCCUGGAUGCACUGAAGACAAGCUUACUCCGGCUGCAUUUGAGAAGCAUUCUGGGAGAGAAACUGCUAGGAAAUGGAAAAAUAAUGUAUGGAUCAUUCUCAAUGGUGAUAAAGUUCCUGUGGUAAAGACCCCAUUGCUAAAAUAUUAUAACAAGUCUUUAAAGCAUGCUAUUUCUCAAAAUGGAAAAGCUUGUCAUCGUGAUGAGUUCCUAAGAUGCACCGAGUGCAACAAAGACCGCAGGUUCCGUCUCCGUUCAAAGGAAGAGUGCAGAACUUACCAUGAUGCUUUGGCGAAUGUGCAUUGGAACUGCUCUUGUAUUCCUUAUGACAAAUUUUCAUGUGAUGAUGAUGAAGAACGAGCAAGCCGUAGGGUGUACAGGGGAUGUUCUCGUUCUCCGACAUGUAAAGGUUGCACCACCUGUGUUUGUUUUGGAUGCCAAAUAUGCCGAUUUUCGGACUGCAGUUGCCAGACGUGCAGUGACUUCACUGAGAAUGCAAAAGGCUGAAUUAUUCUAUAAUUUGUUUCCAAAUUUGUAUGGGGUAUGUUUUCCCCAUCAUUAAUUCAUCUGAAGAAUCCAUGCUACUCAUGUUUUUGCUGACUGACAGAAUAUUAAGACCCAUUAAUCCCAAAAUUGCCGUUUUACAUUCA